GUGCUUUAUUCGGUGCUGACGGGGCUCCUCACCUACUUCCCAUCCUGCACACCGCAGCGCUGCGAACAUCCCGGCACACGAAGCUGUGCUGUCCCUCCCGCCGCCUCUCGGGGCCCACCUCAGCUACUUUCCUCCUUCCCAGGUCCGUUUCCCACCUGCAUCCCGGCACAACCAUGCUGGGCAUGGCAGCGCGGCUCUCAGUCCUGCUCGGUCUCCUCGGCUUCGGGAACGGGCAGAUGUUUCACAUGGGGCCGUGCCCAGACCCCCCCGUGCAGGAGGACUUCGAUAUCUCCAAGUAUUUGGGAAAAUGGUACGAGAUAGAAAAGCUGCCCUCGAAUUUCGAGAAAGGAAGCUGCAUCCAGGCAAAUUACUCGCUGAAGGAGAAUGGGAAGUUUAAAGUGGUCAACAAGGAGCUGCUUUCCAGUGGCAAAGUUAACGAAAUUGAAGGAGAAAUCAUGCACACGGAUGUGAAGGAGCCGGCCAAGCUCAGUGUCCGCUUCAACUGGUUCAUGCCUUCUGCCCCUUACUGGGUAAUCUCCACCGACUACGAAAACUAUUCGCUGGUGUACUCCUGCACGAACAUCCUCUGGCUCUUCCAUGUUGACUACGCCUGGAUUAUGUCAAGAGCUCCCGACAUGCACCCGGAGACUGUGGAGCACCUGAAGAGCGUCCUCCAGUCCUACAAGAUCGACACUGAGAAAAUGAUGCCCACGGAUCAGCUUAACUGCCCUGCUGACAUGUAACUCCCAGCACGCAGCCACACAGCACCAGACGAGCUAUGAACUUUGUUGCUUUUGUUAUUAGCCAUUAGAUUUCUCUUUGUAACAGAGAAAUGCAGUAAUCCCUUUGCUAAUGGUAGUUUGCCAGCCCUGAGUCACUCCGUGCUGUUGUUCCCUCUGUUGCUGUUCCCUGUUUCAUCUCACUCUGCCUGACUUUGGCAGGGUGGCUGAUUCAAAGCUGAUGGGUGCAGAAAAGAAACCCUGACGUGCAGGCGUGAAGCUCUGCUGUUGCUUCAAAUCCUCCAGCAUGGGGACGCAGAAAGUUAUGAGCUGCUAUGUGCAAACGUUAGCCCCAGGGGGAACCAUGCACCCACAACUUGUUUUGAUGCUUCUGGGCCUGCUGGGAGCACAGGGUGUCUGAGCACAUGGGGUCGGUGCUGCAGCCUGGGGCUGGGCAUUUUCUGGUGCGGGGCAGUAGGUGGAAGCUACUGCCAAGUCAGUAGAUCUACUUGCUAGGGUUCGGGUCUGGCCUUUUUAAAGUCUGAGAAGUCUGAAAAUGUCCAGAAAAACAGCAUUGCUCCAUCCCUGGUGUCUGUACAUGUCUUCCUGUGCCCCUAGCGAGGCUGGUCCUGCACUAGCAGAGCUCCGAGUAUACCCGUAAGCAGACAGAAAGAGUGGGGGCUGCUUGCUUGGCCUCUGCUCCCGAGGCUUUCCCCUGCUCGCUGCCUCCUGCGUGCCCACUGGCUCUACCCCUGCCCUGCCAGGGGCUCCGCUACAGCUCUGCUCACAUAGCACUGAUGCAACUCAUU